CCGCCGGGCUUCCGGGAGCCCUCGUGAUCCGCUCCGCAGCCACCAGCGCCGCGCAGCCCGCAGCGAGCCCCGCUCGGCCGCCGGUGCCCUGUGCUGGAUCCUCAGCGCCAUGUGCUGGCUCCGUGCUGCGGCCCUGCUGCUCUGGGCAGGGCUGGGCCUGGCCCAGGAUUACCCAUUCCGGGACCCCACCCUGCCCUGGGAGCAGCGGCUGGACGACCUCAUCGGGCGGCUCACCCUGGGGGAGCUGGUGCUGCAGAUGGCGAGAGGUGGCGCUAAGUACAACGGGCCAGCGCCCCCCAUUGAGCGGCUGGGGAUCAAGCCCUACAACUGGAACACCGAGUGCCUGAGGGGGGAUGGGGAAGCCCCCGGCUGGGCCACGGCCUUCCCCCAAGCGCUGGGCUUGGCGGCCUCCUUCAGCCCCGAGCUCAUCCACCGCGUGGCCAAUGCCACUGCCACGGAAGUGAGAGCCAAGCACAACUACUUCAUGUCCACGGGCAUCUACGGUGACCACACGGGCCUCAGCUGCUUCAGCCCCGUGCUGAACAUCAUGAGACACCCGCUGUGGGGCAGGAACCAGGAGACGUACGGCGAAGACCCGUUUCUGAGCGCAGAGCUGGCCGUGGCGUUCGUGCAGGGGCUGCAGGGCGAUCACCCCCGUUACGUCAAGGCCAGUGCCGGCUGCAAACACUUCAGUGUGCACGGGGGGCCCGAGAACGUGCCCGUCUCCAGGCUCAGCUUUGAUGCCAAGGUGCAAGAGCGGGACUGGAGAAUGACCUUCCUGCCCCAGUUCCAGGCCUGUGUGCGCGCUGGCUCCUACAGCGUCAUGUGCAGCUACAACAGGAUCAACGGCGUGCCCGCCUGCGCCAACAAGAAGCUGCUGACAGACAUCCUGCGGGCAGAGUGGGGCUUCCAGGGCUACGUGGUGAGCGACGAGGGGGCCGUGGAGUUGAUCAUGCUGGCCCAUCGCUACACACACAGCUUCCUGGAGACGGCCAUCGCCUCGGUGAACGCUGGCUGCAACCUGGAGCUGUCCUUCAGCCUGACGGAGAACGUCUUCAUGAGCAUCAGCGAGGCUGUGGCCAAGGGUAACAUCACGCUGGAGACGGUGAGGGCCCGGGUCCGGCCACUCUUCUACACACGUCUGCGGCUGGGGGAGUUCGACCCCCCUGCCAUGAACCCCUACAGCGCCCUCGACCUGAGCGCCGUGCAGAACCCCACCCACAGGAGCCUUGCCGUGGAGGCCGCCGUCAAGAGCUUUGUGCUGUUGAAGAACGAGGGGGGGACGCUGCCCCUCAGCGCCCAGGCCCUGGCCGGCAAGCGCAUCGCGGUCGUUGGUCCCUUUGCCGACAACCCCAGGGUGCUGUUUGGGGACUACGCGCCCAUCCCGGACCCCCAGUACAUCUACACCCCCAGGAGGGGCCUGGAGACCCUGCCAGCCAACGUCAGCUUCGCCGCAGGCUGCAGCGAGCCCAGAUGCCAGUACUACUCGCCGGGCGAGGUGGAGGGGGCGGUCCGGGCAGCCGACGUCGUCGUGGUGUGCCUGGGCACAGGGACUGACCUGGAGACAGAGGCGAACGACCGACGGGACCUGUCCCUGCCUGGGCACCAGCAGGAGCUGCUGCAGGACACCGUGGCCUGGGCCGUGGGGCGCCCUGUCAUCCUGCUGCUGUUCAACGCGGGGCCACUGGACGUGGGCUGGGCCCAGGCCCACCACGGAGUAGGCGCCAUCCUGGCGUGCUUCUUCCCAGCGCAGGCCGCGGGCAUCGCCAUCAUCAAGGUGCUGCUGGGGGAGGAGGGGGCCAGCCCGGCGGGCAGGCUCCCGGCCACCUGGCCAGCUGGCAUGGACCAGGUGCCAGCCAUGGAGAAUUACACCAUGGAGGGGCGCACGUACCGGUACUAUGGGCCAGUGGCCCCGCUCUACCCCUUCGGCUACGGACUGUCCUACACCACCUUCCUCUACCGGGACCUGGCCUUGAGCCCCACAGCGCUGCCCCUCUGCGCCAACCUCAGCGUCUCCGUGGUGGUGGAGAACACCGGGCAGAGGGAUGGUGAAGAGGUGGUGCAGCUGUACCUGCGUUGGGCGCAGCCCUCCGUGCCGGUGCCCCGCUGGCAGCUGGUUGGAUUCCGCCGGGUGCCCGUUGCCGCAGGCCGGGCGGCGAAGCUGCUGUUUCUGGUGACCUACGUGCAGCGUGCCGUCUGGGCCGAGCAGUGGCAGCUGGAGCCGGGCACCUUCACGCUCUUUGUGGGCGGGCAGCAGCCGGGCCAGGAGACACGUGCCAGCUCCGAGGUCCUGCAGGCGGCGUUCACUGUGACCGGCAGCACCCGACCCCUGAGCCGCUGCUAGGGACAGGGACGGUUUCUGGGGCACUGGAAUGGGAACUGCGGGGGGCUAGGAUGUGGCCAUGUGCGUUGGGACUGGGAUCUGGCCCAGCACCCAGCUGGCUGUAGCAGGAAGCGGGGGCACAUGGCUGUCUCUACCAGGGUUGGGAGGGCCGGCCCAGCACCUGGCUGGCUGUAUGCGGGGGCCCGGCCGGCACU